AUGUUCCAGAUUGGUGGUAUUUUACAGUCCAUUGAUAAGAGGCUGGUGGACCAAAUUGACAAUCUUGUUGGGGAAGGAGUAAAGACUGUAGGUGAAAUGAAAAGGCAUCUAAAACAGUUUGUCAAAACAGAAAUGUUCCCUGGACAGCCCAUACCACCACUGACAAAUAGGAGGUUUCAUCCAACUGAUGUUGACAUAAGGAACCACAUUUAUAAGACAACAGUGAAACAAAUGAUGUCCAAACUUGAUCAAGAGAACCUGGAAAAGAAAAUAGAAAAGUGGCGUGAGGAAUGCAAUGGUGACUUAUUCUAUUUCAGGCCUUGUGCACUGUCAUCUAAUGCCAAAAAUCAGGAGGAUAAUCUGGAUGAAGAUGUGGAAGAAGACCUUCUGUUUGCCUAUCAAACAGAAUGGCAGAAACGUCUCAUGGUUCAGUAUGGGAACGAAAUAACAUUGCUUGAUGCAACAUAUAAGACAAUGAAAUAUGAGUUGCCACUUUUUUUCCUUGUUGUCAAAACAAAUGUGAAUUAUAUUGUUGUUGGCAGUUUUGUCAUUCAACAUGAAACAACUUCAUCAAUCCGUGAAGCACUAGACYUCUUCCACAGAUGGAAUCCCACUUGGAAGCCAAACUACUUUAUGACAGAUUUCUGUCAUGAGGAAAUUAAUGCUAUUGAAAGCAUUUUCCCAGACACAACAACAUAUAUCUGUGACUUUCAUCGAGAGCAAUGCUGGGAGAGGUGGCUCAGAAAAAGUGAAAAUGGCCUAACAGAGCACAGAAAACUGAUUCUUGCUAUGCUAAGAAAUGUGGCCAAAGCAUCGUCCGAACUGAAACUUAAAGAAGCUUUGUCUUUACUAAAAUCUAGCAGUCUUUGGAUGGAAAAUGUGAAGUUGCAGAACUGGUUUGAGAAAACUUGGCUUGUAGAGAUUAAGGUGCCUCCAUUAUUCCAUCAUAUAUUUUAUUAAUAUAAAUUCUC